AUGAUGAAUAACAAAGAAUCAUCAUCUAGUCUUGCCCCUCCUGCUACAAGGGUGGCAUCACCAUCUACACCGGGUGGUGGAAAGGGAGGUGCACUUGAAGACCCUUGGUCACUGUUCACUCCUGUUACUUCGACAGAGGUCGAUGAUAUUCAGCUCAAGAUCGAGGAGAAGCUAUUGAAGCAACUCAACUGUCAAGUGAAUCCUUCAAAGAAGUUCAACCUUUGCGAUGUAGCACCAUUCAUAUCAGACGGAGUUGAGGUAUUGGUUGAGGAUGAGUUCACCAAGUGUUUCACCAGUCCAGAGAUCAAUGCAUGGAACUGGAACUUCUAUCUCUAUCCAGCAUGGAUACUUGGUGUCUUUAUCAGAUAUGGAGUACUAUUCCCACUCAGACUAUCUUGUCUCUUGAUUGGCUCGAUGGCCUUUGCCUUCUCAUUCUUCACUGUGUCCACCUUUAUAAAGAACGAUAAGACUAAGAAGCACUACCAACGUAUGCUCCUUCGUUUCCUGUGUACAGUAUUUAUUUUGUCAUGGUCAGGAGUGAUCAAGUACCAUGGAGUACUGCCGUUGAGAAAGAAGAACCAGGUGUUUGUCGCCAAUCACACCACCGUCAUGGACGUCGUCGUACUCCAGAACAAGUUCAACUAUGCCUCUGUCGGACAGAAGCACAAGGGCUUGCUUGGAUUCAUCCAAGACUACUUACUGAGCUGCAUUGGAUGUCUAUGGUUCGAUAGAGCAGAGGCCAAGGACAGAGCAAUCAUUGCCCAACAGAUUUCCAAGCACAUCUCCAAUGAGAGCAGCGAUCCAUUGCUCAUCUUCCCAGAGGGAGUAUGUGUGAACAACAACUACUGUGUCAUGUUCAAGAAGGGUGCCUUCGAUCUCCCCAAUGUUAUCAUCUAUCCAGUUGCAAUCAAGUACAAUACACUGUUUGUUGAUGCAUUCUGGAACUCAAAGAAGCAAUCAUUCAUCAGACAUAUGUUCAAUAUGAUGACAUGCUGGGCAUGCGUAUGUGACGUUUGGUACUUGGAGCCACAGACCAAGCACCCGGAUGAGAGCUCAACACAGUUUGCCAAUCGUAUCAAGGCAAUGAUCGCCAAGAAGGCAGGUCUGAUCAACGUGCCAUGGGAUGGCUACUUAAAGUACUUCAAGCCCAGCUCCAGAUUCGCAGAGCACAAGCAAAGAAUCUUUGCAUCCAGAUUCACCAGAAGAUUCAACGGUGACGAUCUGAUCAACAGUCCACUGGUGAUCAGUGCUAAUGGCAAGCAUGACAUUGCCGUCGAGCCAAUCAGUACAGUCGACAGCAACAGCUCAAAUGAUGCAUCAUCAGAGAGCACUGGUAUCAAACAAAGGAAGCCACAGUCCAACGAA